GUGAGAAUCUUGCCGGCAGUUCGAAAUAUUCAGAGGAAUGAAGAACCUUUGGAAUUCACUGUUUGCGCUUGCGUUGCUAGAACUUUGCUGGAUUGGUGCAAAAGUGGUGAUAAAUGAAGAAUCAACCUGUGAGGAUGUUAUCAAAUCCGGUGAAUGUAACUGUACGAAAGGAUUGCUAUCGUUGUUUCUAAAGUGUAACUUUUCAAAUGCCAUCAUCGAAGGAAGAUUUAAGGGAAAAGAUUCGGCGACGAUAGAAUGUAGUGGAGAACCGUUCGUGAACAGAUCGUUUAUCAUUGGCAAGCGAAAUGCGGUGUAUUUGCGGAAUUGUAUAUACCAAUCGCCAUGGACGCUGUGGCAGAUGCUCGAUGAGCUGGGAUCAAGUGACGAGAAGGAAAUUGAAAUAAAAUAUGAUAAUUUCACGGAGAUCAAUCUUGCGGCAAACUUUUUUCAAGGGUUUCAGGAAUUGCGAUCGCUUCGGCUUAAUUUCAGGAUUAUCCAUAUGACAUCAGAAACAUUCAACGACUUGAAAAAGCUAGAAAUGCUAAGUCUUAGAGGAAGAUACGGUCAUUUACCAAAUGAUCUACUGAAGAAUCUUGACAAUCUCGUGGAACUCACCUUGAAGGACAACCAACUCGAAGAAAUUCCAUCAACUUUUUUCAUUGCGCAAAGUAAACUCACUCACCUGGAUGUCAGCAUGAACUUACUGCGGCGUAUCACAGAAGACACGUUCCAAAAACUAACCUCACUAGCUCACCUGGAUUUGAGCGACAAUCGCAUUGAAUCACUGCACGAAAGGAGCUUCCAAGGAAUGAUGGAAUUAAAAUUCCUAAGUCUCAAGUCCAACAAACUUGAAACUCUACCGGACAGUUUGCUCCGGGGGUUGAUCCUGUUGGCUAAUUUGGAUCUCUCGGGGAACCAGCUGCGAGUACUACCACCGGAUCUGUUGCGGAACCAUACGCAGCUUUUUAGAUCCGAUUUGUCGAAGAAUGGCAUAGAGACGCUACCGGGAAUGCUGUUCGAAACCAAUGCCGCUCUGCAGUAUAUCAACAUCAGCUACAAUAGUUUGAUAACUUUACCCAGCAAAAUAUUCCACUCGUUACAGAAACUCAUCUCGCUGGAUGUGAGCAACAAUCAGCUAGGUUCGCUGGAUCCCGAUGUCUUCGAGCACAGUCCCUACGUCAUCUUUCUGUACUUGCAAAACAACCGUCUGUGGUUCGCCGGAUCCCUGUACCGCAGCGUUUACGAUUUCCAAGAAGGCUCCCGUUCUCCGUUCUGGCCAGUAAGAGCACAGCUUCGCGAGCUUAACCUACGGAAUAACAGCAUCGAUCGUAUGAACAUUGCUUGGAUUGAAUCUCCGGAGCUUAGGGAGCUGGACCUAAGUCACAACCGGCUGUCCAAGUUUGACAAUGAGGAUUUUAAGUUAACGUCCAAUCAGAUGGUGGUGAACCUGGAGCAUAAUCAAAUAACGAUGCUCUCGCUGUUGGCAUCGGAUGCGACGAAGGGUAGCGGAGGCUUCGUUUUAUUCAAGCUAAACCACAAUCCGGUGAACUGCGAUUGUCGGAUAGCUUCAUUUGUACGAUUUCUUCAAAUGACUGGACACGUCUACCGGCGGUGGCGAUUCACGGUCGAUCAUCUUCGUUGCCGUGAACCGGAGGUCAACCGGGACAUCAACGUGGUUAAGGUUAAUGUUGUCAAUCUGAUUUGCCAACGGGAAGAGCAUUGCCCGGAAGGCUGCCGCUGUUUUGUACGGUGGAACAAUGAAUCGGUGCUGGUGAAUUGCGAUGAACGGAAUCUUACGGAACUACCGAUUCUGCACAAUGUAAGUCGGAGCUUCAAGUACGUGGAGUUAUCUGUGAGAAACAACAGUAUUCGGACAAUGUCGUUGCAAAACAGGCUAGGUUACGAGAAAGUAAUACAAUUUUAUGCGAGUCAUAAUCAGAUGCAGAAUCUGACCGCGAAUCUCUUUCCCAACGUUCGAGUUUUGGACUUAUCGAACAACAAUCUCAGCUGUUUGCUACAACUAACGCACCUACUGAACUCCAGUGACAAUCUCCAGAGCGUUAAUCUAUCGUUUAAUCAUUGGCAGUGCGAUUGCAAGUCGAUCGAUCAACUGAAAUUCAUUCAGAACUCAACGGAUCGAAUUGUGGAUAGCAAGUAUAUGCGUUGCUCGGAUGAUCGCGACUUCAAUCUGCUCACCGUCAGUGACGUGUGUGCAGCAAGCACGGUCGCUACUGCCAUCGUAAUAGCAUGCCUCUUUAUCAUUUUUACUUUGGCAGCAAGUUUUGCUUGUUAUGUAUACCAAAUCGAAAUUAAGAUUUGGCUAUUUACAAACAAUUUCUGCUUGAGUCUGGUGACCGAAGAAGAAAUCGACAAGGAUAAGCUGUACGAUGCAUUCGUUUCCUAUUGCCAUCAGGAUGAGGAAUUUGUCAGUACGACAUUGGUGCCACGAUUGGAAAACGCUCCCAUGAAUCUGAAGGUAUGCUGGCACAUGCGCGAUUGGAGCCCGGGUGAAGUGAUCACCACUCAGAUAGUGCAAUCGAUCGAAAAUUCCCGCCGUACGAUCGUCGUCCUGUCCAAGGACUUUUUGGAAUCGAGUUGGGGCCAGCUGGAGUUCCGAACGGCUCACGUGAAUUCGAUGGCGGAGAAACGGAUACGGGUGAUAAUCGUGAUCUACGGGGAUUUGGGUGACGAAGACCGGAUCGAUUCGGAGAUGAAGGCCUACCUCAAGACCAACACCUACAUUAGGUGGGGUGAUCCAUGGUUUUGGCCUAAACUACGCUACUCUAUGCCACAUCCGGCCCGAGUGAAAGGAAUACGCUGGAAGAGGGAUGGUGAUGAGGUGGAAAUCGAAGGACCAUCUGGAGGAGGCAGUUGAAUCA